AUGCAACAACAAAAACCGCAGCACCUACAAAAAAAGCAAUCAUAUCACUUAACUCCAUGGGAUCUUUCCUUAAUCUCUGCACAUUCUGUUCAAUUUGGUCUUCUCUUUGCUAAGCCCCCAUCAUCAUUCUCAGUGUCAUCAUCAUCCUUUGAUAGUGUUGGAGAUCAGAAUCACUUGUCGUCCGGGGCCUUUGUUGAUCAACUGAAGCACUCCCUUUCUAGGACACUUGCCCAUUUCCUACCUCUUUCAGGCCGCUUUGUGACAAAUAAACACGACGACCCACCUUCAUCUUCUAUUUCAAUAGAAUGCAACAAUGACUCGUCUCAAGGAGUUGAUUUCAUACAUGCUGCUGCACCUGUUACUUUAUAUGAUAUACUUUCUCCACGAUAUAUACCACCAAUCAUUAGAUCCUUUUUUGCAUCAUACGAUGAUGGAACCAUGCUGAUGGUUAACCACGAUGGUCACAGCAUUCGUCUGCUCUCUGUACAAGUGACAGAGCUUGUAGAUGGAUAUUUCAUUGGCUGUUCUGUAAAUCAUGCUGUUGUAGAUGGAACGUCUUUUUGGCAUUUUUUUAAUGCGUGGGCGGAAAGUUGUAGAGCGAAAGAAAAUUCUGACGAGUUAAUAUCACAGCCUGCUAUCCUUGAGCGUUGGUUUUUGAAGGAACACUAA